AUGAGCUUUUUAAUCAUUCUCUAUAUAAGUGUUACUAUUUUGAAUUCAAAGGCAUAUAAUUUGAAUAAAGUUAGUUCAGUUCAUAAAAUUUUAAAUGAAGAAGAAGAUAAUUAAUAAAUAAUAAAAUGUAAAAUGAAUUAGAUAAAAGUUGAUGAACAAUGCUUAAGUAAAUAAAUGAUAAUUAAUUAGAUUGCCAUUUUAGUUGUGUAUAAUGUAAUGGUAUAGGAAAGGAUAGUUGUAUUUCAUGUAAUAAUGUUUCUAAGCGAAUAUUAUGGAAUCAUUAAUGCAUCUGCAUGACAUCAUACUAUGAAAAUUAAUAAUAAUCAGUAUGUGAAGGUAAAUUUAUAAAAGAAUUUUAGAAUGUCAUUAAUCUUGUAAAAGUUGUUAAGGAUCAAGUAGGAAUGAUUGUUUAGGUUGUUAUGAAAACUAUGAAUUAAUGAAUGGAAACUGUGUAUGUAAUUUAGGGUAUUUUUAUGAUUAUAACAAUAUGGAAUGUGGAUGUAUUAAAUUAUUAAUUAAGUAGAAUGUAAUUAUACUUGUGAAUUUUGUUUUGGUUCUGGUAAUGAUAAUUGUAUAAAAUGCAAGCUUGAUUCUAACAGAUUAAAAUAAGAUAAUAAAUGUUUAUGUCUUGAUGGUUACUUUGAAAUAGAAGGUAAUCCAAUUUGUUAAAGUAAGUUUAAAUUAUAAAUAUAAAAGAAUGUCAUAUUAAUUGUAUGACAUGUAUAGAAUAUGAGAGUUGUUUAAGUUGUUCAAGUGGAAAAUAGUUGAUAAAUAAUAAAUGCGUUUGUUAAUCAAAGUUUUUUUUAUUCAAAUAGAACUUUUUAGAUAUUUGCAAAUGUAAUAAAGUUAUGAAUAUUAUAUAGCUUGUAGUAAAUUAUGUUUGUCUUGUUAUGGAGAAUUAGAGUUUGAAUGUUUAAGUUGUAUAACUCAUAGUACAUUGUAAUAAAAUAAUACAUGCAUAUGUGAUUAAGGUUAUUAUUUAAUAAAUGAUGAAUGCUAAAUAUGUGAUACAAAUUGUCUAACAUGUGUUUAUAGUAGUAUACAUUGUUUAGAUUGUCAAUCAAAUUAUGUAUUAUAAACGAAUAAUAUUUGUUGUCAUUCCUCAAAUAUCUUAAUUAAUAACUAAUGUGAUUGCAUAAGUGGUUAAUAUAUGGAUUCAAAUGGAAUUUGUUAAUGUAUUAAUAAAAAACUUAUUAUUUAAGAAUGUGCUUCUGCAUGUUUAACUUGUAGUGGUAUAUCUUGUGAUGAAUGUUAAAAUAAACUUUUUUAUGGAUUAUCUUGUAACAAUUCGGCCACUUUAAUAUUUUAAUGUAGUUUUGUUGAAAUUAAUGGAACAUGUGCAUAAUGUUAAAAUGACUAUUAAUUAAGUUUAUCAAAAACUUGUGAAUGCAAUCUUCCAAACUAUGUAGUUGAUUCAUCAGUUUGUAAAAGUAAUAAGUUUAAAAUAUAAAGAUUGUUCAUCAUUUAAAACUAAUUGUUAAUCUUGUAAUUCUUCUGGAUGUGUUACUUGUUUUUAAGGGUAUUAUGUUUCAUCAGGUAAUUGUAUAUAAUGUAUAUCUAAUUGUUAUGAAUGUUCCUCUUCAACCUGUUCAAUUUGUUAGAAUGGUUACUAUGGAUCAUCAUGUUCUUUAUGUCAUUUAAGUUGCAAAACAUGUUAGAAUAAUGGAAUUAACGAUUGUACUUCAUGUAAAGAUAAUGCUUAAUAAAAUUUAAAUGUUGCGACUUUCGCUUGUAUUUGUAAUUCUCAUUAUUAUUUUGAUACCAAUUAAAAUUGCUAAAGAUGCGAUUCAACUUGUGAUUAAUGUUAAUUUACAAGCAAUCAUUGUACACAUUGUGAUUCUACUUUAUAAAGAAUUCUUGAUAAUAAUAACUGUAUUUGUGAUACAGCAAAUGGAUUUUAGGAUUUAGGAACUCUCUAAUGUUAUAAUAUUCAAUGUGGAUUAGGAUGUUCAAAUUGUGUAUUAUUAUCACCUGGAUAUGUUUGUAAUUCUUGUAUGGGAUCUGAAACUUUUAGAACAAAUGAUCCUUCGUCUGAUUGUCCUUGUUAAGAUGGAUAUUAUGAUAAUCAAUAAAGAAUUUGUCUAUGUAUUAUUAUAUCUUUAUAUAAAUAGAAUGUCCAUAUUAAUGUUCUAAAUGUCAGAUUGAUCCAUUUAGUACUUUACCUGUAUGCAUUAGUUGCUCAACCAAUAGAGAUAUUAAUGAUUUUUGUAGAUGUUCUAAAGGUUUUUAUGAAAAUGCUAAUAAUUGUAUUGUCUGUCCUUCAAAUUGUUCUAGUUGUAUUGAUUAAAAUCAUUGUAUCUAAUGUAAAAAUUAUAAUUUUGAUCAUGAUAAACUUAAUGGAAAAUGUCUAUGUAAUUUAAAUAAUUUUAGUAAUAAAUAAAAUUGUGAAUGUUUAGAUGGUUAUUAUCUUAAUAUCAUUAAUAAAAAAUGCCUACGUAUUUUAUUAAAUUAUAUAUUCUAGCUUGUAAUUAUAAUUGCAAAUCUUGUAUUAAUAUGCCUAAUAAUUGUAUAAUGUGUUCAAAUAAUCAUGCAUAUCCACCAAAUUGUGAAUGUUCUCCUGGAUUUUAUUUAUAAGAUUAAUAAUGUAUUCCUUGCAAAAAUAAUUGUUUUCUAUGUAAAUCUUAAUUAGAAUGUUUGGAUUGCUCAAAUUAAAUGUAAUUAAUUAAUAAUAAAUGUUAUUGUUAAAUAGGAUAUUUCAAUUUACCUAAUUCAUAUGAAUGUCAAAUUUGUGCUUAUUAAUGUUCUACUUGUAGAUUUUAAGAAGAUAAUUGUACAUCAUGUAAAUUCAAUAGAAUUUUACCAUAAAAAUGUAUCUGUCCAAAUGGAACUUAUGAAUUGGAUAUAUUUUCUCCAUGUAAUGAUUGUGAUAAAAAAUGUUAAAUUUGUGAAUAAUCCUCUAAUAAUUGCAUACAAUGUUCUUCUAAAAGAAUUAAUCCACCUUAUUGUAAUUGUUAAAUUGGCUAUUUUGAAAAUGAAUAAUAAAUCUGUCAAGAAUGUAAUAAAAGAUGCAAAUCAUGUCAAAAUAAUGCUGAAACAUGCAUAGAUUGUAAAAUGAGUAUUGCUUAACCUCCAGAUUGUAUAUGUCCAAAUGGAUUUUAUUUUGAACCAGAAUAGGGUUGCGUUUAAUGUCAUUUUAGAUGUAAAACUUGCAUUGGUUCCAAUGAAUACAAUUGUCUUACUUGUGAUGAAUCUAAAAAUUUCUAACUACUCUAUAAUAAAUGUGUUUGUUAAAAGAAUUAUUAUUUUCAAAAUGAUUAAUGUCUUUUUUGUUCUAUUGAAAUAGAACUAUGUCAAACUAUUGAAUGUGGAAAUGGAAUUAUUUAAAAAAAUGAAUAAUGUGAUGAUUGGAAUAAUAUUAAUAGAGAUGGUUGUUCUAAUAAUUGUAAAUUAGAAGAAGGGUAUUAUUGUGAAUCUAUUUCAAAUAUAAAAUUACAUCAUUCAAUUUAAAUGACUUUUUGUACUAAAUGCACUCAGUUUUGCAAAAAUUGUAAUAAAAAUUAAUGUUUAAACUGUUAAAGUGGAUAUUUUAUAACUCCUAAUUUUGACUGUUAAAAAUGCAAGUAAUUUAUUAUUAUAUUAAAUUUUCAGUUUUCAUUGCAAAGAAUGUUCUGGACCAUAAUAAAAAGACUGUUUAUCUUGUAUUAAUGAAAUUCAUUAUGAACUAGAAUAAAAAUGUACAUUUUGUGAAGAAAUUUAAGGAUUAUAUACAGGCAAAAGUAAAUGUAUUUCAAAAUGUGGAGAUGGAAUGAAAAAAAAUGAUGAAUAAUGUGAUGAUGGUAAUAUUAUCAAUAAAGAUGGAUGUUCAGAAAAAUGUAUAAUAGAAGAAGAUUGGAAUUGUUCAUAAUAAAUAAAUACCAUAAGCUCUUGUUUUAAAUUAAAUAUACCAAUUGCCACUAUCACAUUUAAUAGAGUCUAAGAUUUUUAUUAAUCUUAAAGAUAGGGAUUUAUCAAUUUUAAUAAACUUAUGAAAAUACCAAAUGCAUCUAUUAUAAAUUAAUGGAAAUUUAAUUUACUUAAUUAAAAUACAUCCAGUUUUAAUAUUAAUUUGACUGCUCUUUUGAAUAUUGAUGGCCAUUUAGAAAAAGUUUAAAUUGAUUUGUAAUUCCUUUAAUCUAUUGCUGAAAUUGUUCUCCAAAUUGACUUUUCAACUUUUAUUAUUAAUGAUGUCAUUGAUUAAUUACCAUUAAAAACAAAAAAUAUAUCUAUUGACUUGAUUUAAUAUAUUUAACUUGGUUAAGAUACAUUAAGUACAUCAAAAGCAUCUAAAUAAUUUGCUUCAUCUGUAUUAUUUAUAUUGGGAGGUGUUUCUGUUUUAGGAUUGCUUAUGGGAAGUUUAGAAUUUUAUUGGAAUGUUCUAGAUAAUUUAUAAAUUCUAUCCUAUAUCACAUUCAUUAAUGUUAAUUUCCCUUAUUUACAUAAUAAAUUCUUAGAAAUAUUUGAAUUUGCUAGAUUUGAAUUUACAAAUGACUAUUUUUAAUUUGAUUUUAUUUAAGAUCUAGAUUAUCAAUAAAACAAAAAUUAUCCUUUAAUUAUUGAAAAACAAGUAGAAUAUAAUUUUAUUAUCAAUCUAAGUUCUAUCUUUGUCAUUUGGUUUACCCCUAUUAUAUUAUUUAUCUUAGCUAAAAUCAAUUUAUUUAUUAUUCAUAACAUAUUGAUUAAACAACUCAAAAUAUUAUAUAUUUCUCCUUUAGAUAGAUCUAAUAGUAUUAAAUAUUUAAUUUACAAAUUAGUUUACUUUAUUCAUUAUAUCAGCCUUAAAUAUUAUUAAAAUUUCUUUUAUAACAUCAUUCUUAGGAUUUAUUUAUCUAGUCUCUAUGAUUUAAAUUUUUCUAUUUUCACAUCAGCUUAUUGUUGGCUUUGGAAUUAGAAUCCUACUUUAGUCGAUCAAAUUUCAUUUAUUGUUGCUAUGUUACUACUAUUGAUUUAAAUAGUCAUAUUAUUACAUUUAUCCUCCUCAUUAAAAUUAUCUAGUUAUGAACUGAAGUCUAAAAAGUUUUAAUCCUAAUUUAGUUCUUUAUAUGAAGGAGUGAAAUAAGACAAUCAAAUUAAUAGAUAAAUUUAGUUUCUACAACCAUUAAGAAAAAUCAUUUUUAUGGGAUCUUUAAUUUUAUUUUAUGAUUAUGCCAUCUUUUAAAUAUCCAUCCUAAUUUUGAUCUAGAUGAUUUCGUCAAUAAUUUAAAUAUCAUAGAAUCCCUAUUUAAACAUUCUAUAAUCCAUAAAAGGAAUCACUUAAGAUGUAGGUCUCAGUUUAUCCUUAACAUUAAUUUUAGUUUACUAUGCUUAAGAUUAAUUAUCUAUAACUGACUAAAAUAUAAUUGAAAAACUAUCUUAUGUUCAUGUAGGAAUUUAUACUAUAAUGUUAAGUUUAGGUCUCAUUAUAGAUUUAUACUAAUAGUUCAAGAUUAUUUUUAUUAAAUAUAAGAUAUUGAGGAUUUGUUAAAAGAAAAAUCUAAAUGAUAAAUAAUAAUCCCCUUUUCAACAGAGUAUUUUUAUUGAUUUAACAUAAUUUAAUCCCUAAAAGUAAAAUUAAUUUGACUUCACAAAUUUUAGGAUUAAUUGA